AUACUGGCUCUAUAUAUAGAACUAGUAGAUGUUACGCAUAAAUCAUAUAACCAAAAACCAUUGUUUAAGCAAAAAUUGAAGCAUAAAGAUGGCAUCAAAUCAAGAAGAGGUGAAGCUUUUUGGACUGAGAGGAAGUCCAUUUGUAACGAGGGUAGAUAUAGCUCUAAAAUUGAAGGGAAUUGAAUACGAAUAUUUGGAAGAAAAAUUAGGAAACUUUAGUGAUGCACUCAUCAAAUAUAAUCCAGUUUAUAAGAAAGUUCCGGUAUUAGUUCAUAAUGAAAAGCCCGUUUCAGAAUCAAUUUUGAUUCUUGAAUAUAUUGAUGAAACAUGGAAGCAAAAUCCAAUCUUACCUUCUGAUCCUUACAAAAGAGCUUUGGCUCGUUUCUGGUCAAACUUCAUAGAUGAUAAGUUUUUGGGUGCGGUAAGAAAAGCUACUUCUUCUCAUGAUGAAAAGGAACGUGAGGAGGGUUUUAACGAAGCAGAAGUGGCUUUACAGUUUCUUGAGAAUGAACUCAAGGAGAAAUAUUUUGGUGGACAAGAGAUUGGGAUUGUUGAUAUUACUGCUGUCUUUAUAGCUUUUUGGUUUCCUGUUAUUGAAGAAGCUGCAGGGUUGAAGUUGUUUACUAGUGAGAAGUUUCCUAAGCUUUAUAAAUGGAGUGAAGACUUCAAUAAUCAUCCAAUUGUGAAGGAACAGUUGCCUCCAAGAGAAACACUUUUGGCCUUCUUUAAAGCUCGUUUUGAAAGUCUUGCUGCUUCAAAAUAGAUUAUAGGGAAUUUAAGGAGAUUUGUGUGAAGUAUUAGUUAACGAACUUUUAUGUUGUAUUAGAUGAUAUGCACCCUUAUUGAAUGAAACAUGUGUCCAACCACUUUAGUUGAAAUUUACUUUUAAAGCGAGGAACUUAUAUGUGUUUCACUUAAUAAAAAAAAAUUAAAAAAAAUUGAAUAUUAGAGAAAUUGCUAAAAAAAAUGUUACUAA